GACUAAUUUACCAGUGGAAAAAUUGAGUGCAUAAGAUAGGUGCAGAGAAUGAGUCGCCCCUCUUCUCUCUGGAAAUAGAACUGUUAAAUCCACAUGCCCAAUUUUUUAAUAAUUAUUGUUCUCUAUACUUUUUUCACUGUAAUGGAAAAAUCAGUGGCUGUUUUAGUUCUCAUUGUCCUGAUGCUGAACGGAGCCCUCUUUUUAUUUUUUUUCAAUUCGAGUGAUGGAACCGGCAACGUCUCGUUUGCCCAUUCGGGUCCAGCCUUUCCCUGUGAUGUUAGGGCUGGGCUGAGCUCAUUUCCCUUUUGCAGCCCCUCGCUGACUGUUGGGGACAGAGUGAAGGACCUCAUUGGGCGCCUCACAUUGCAAGAGAAAGUUCAGCAGCUGGUUAAUGCAGCCAGUGCUGUUCCCAGGCUUGGCAUUCCUGCGUAUAAUUGGAGGUCUGAAGCACUGCAUGGAGUAUCAAAUGCAGGCCCCGGGACUCGAUUUGGGGGCAGGGUUCCCGGUGCUACCAGUUUCCCUCAAGUCAUUCUCACUGCAGCUUCCUUCAAUGCCUCUCUCUGGGAAGCCAUCGGCCAGGUUGUGUCGACAGAGGCCCGGGCCAUGCAUAAUGUGGGGCUGGCAGGGCUGACAUUCUGGAGCCCUAACGUUAACAUAUUCCGUGACCCGAGAUGGGGCCGCGGCCAAGAAACGCCCGGCGAAGACCCAGUUCUCACAGCUAAAUAUGCUUCCAGCUAUGUCCGUGGUUUGCAGGACACCGACGGAUCUGACUCCAACCGACUCAAGGUUGCAUCCUGCUGUAAGCAUUAUACUGCCUACGACUUGGACAACUGGAAUGGGGUUCAAAGUGACACCUUCGACGCUAAGGUCACACUGCAAGAUUUGGAGGACACAUUCAAUCCUCCCUUUAAAAGCUGCGUCUUGGAUGGCAACGUGGCCAGUGUUAUGUGCUCUUACAACAAAGUGAACGGUGUCCCAACCUGCGCAGACAAAGAUCUGCUUAGAGGGACUAUCAGAGGCGAAUGGAAAUUAAACGGAUAUAUUGUCUCCGACUGUGAUUCGGUCGAUGUGUUAUACAAUUCCCAGCACUAUGCAUCCACUCCUGAAGAUGCAGUUGCCGACGUGAUAAAAGCGGGGCUAGAUCUGGACUGUGGAUCUUUCCUGGGGAAAUACACAGAAUCAGCUGUGAAAGCAGGCAAAGUGGACGAGUCCCUGCUUGAUCAAGCUCUGGUCAACACCUUCACCACAUUGAUGAGACUUGGCUGGUUUGAUGGGGAUCCUGCCAACCAACCAUACGGGAACCUGGGACCUAAGGAUGUGUGUACUGAGAAGCAUCAAGAACUUGCUUUAGAUGCUGCCAGGCAGGGGAUAGUUCUGCUGAAGAAUGAUGGUACAUUACCAUUAGCUGCAAACAAGAUUAGUUCUUUGGCUGUUGUUGGACCCAAUGCAAAUGCCACCAAAGUCAUGAUUGGCGAUUAUGAAGGUAUUCCAUGCAAGUAUACAACACCUCUCCAGGGGCUUUCAGCAUACAGUUCAAUCCUCUACGCCCCAGGUUGUGCAAAUGUAGCAUGCGCUGGAAAUGGUUUCUUAGGUGCAGCAGUUAAGGCAGCAACUGAAGCAGAUGCAACCGUGUUAAUUGUAGGUGGAGAUCAGACAUUAGAGACAGAAGGACGAGAUAGAAUAAGUUUAUUAUUACCUGGCCAGCAACAACAGCUGGUUUCCGAAGUUGCAAAUGCAUCAAAGGGACCAGUAGUCCUUGUGAUCAUGUCAGGGGGUCCUUGCGAUAUAUCAUUUGCAAAGGAUGAAGACAAAAUUGCAGGCAUCAUCUGGGUGGGCUAUCCAGGACAAGCUGGAGGAAUAGCCAUUGCAGAUGUUAUUUUUGGACGAUACAAUCCUGGUUGGCAACUGAUGCAUGUGCCAGCCUUUGUUCUUUCAGGUGGUAGAUUGCCUAUGACUUGGUAUCCACAAGAGUUUGUUAAGAUUCCCAUGAUUAACAUGAACAUGAGGCCAGAUCCAGCCACAGGAUAUCCUGGCCGAACUUACAGGUUCUACACUGGAAAAACUGUUUACAUGUUUGGCGAUGGUCUGAGUUAUACAAGCUUCAAAUACACUCUGGUUCAGGCACCUAAGCUGGUAUCUCUUCCUAUGGAUGACAAACUUGCUUUUGCCCAGAAAAAAUCAAAUUUUUCCUGUGAGACUGUUCAAAUAACCCAAAUUAAUUGUCAGAAACUGCAAAUGGAUGUUCAGGUUGAUGUGAACAAUGUUGGUCCUAGAGAUGGAAGUCAUGUGAUAUUCUUGUUCUCGACACCUCCACCAAAGCACCAUUCUCCAAAGAAGCAAUUGCUUGGCUUCCAUAAGGUCCAUAUCACUUCAGGAGCCAGGGAAAGAGUUCAUUUUAACGUUGAUGUAUGCAAGGAUCUCAGCAUUGUUGAUAAAGCUGGCAAUAGGAAUCUGCCUGUGGGUUCUCACCUCUUUCGCAUAGGGGAUCUGCAACAUUCUCUCUCUGUUCAAAUAACAAACUAAUUUCCCCUCAAGGGAAUUGUGGCGAUCAUUUCUGCAAAGAGCAGGGAAGCUUCAAUAACGUCAUAUUAUGGCCAAGUGGACUGUUAAUUGUUGUUCUUCUAAAUUGUUUAUGACAGCUAGAGGAAAAGGAUAACAGGCUGCCUGCCUGUAAUACCAGUCUAUUGACGAUUUAUUCUUGCGAGGAGGAUUUGAAGUCAAUUAAAGGAUUGACCUCUUCAACCCUACACUAAUCGAUUGUUUUCUUAUUUGUUCAACUUAAACCAUCUCCAGGUAGGCAUAUAUACAAUAUCUGGAAAAAGUUCUUGUCAAUCAAUUAUCUCAAAAAAGAUGUAUUGGUAA